AUGUUCUCAGAGUUGAAGUUCCCUGUGCCCUGGGGACAUGUGGCAGCCAAGGCCUGGGGACCUUCGGAGGGACACCCUGUGCUGUGUUUGCAUGGCUGGUUGGACAAUGCCAACACCUUUGACAAGCUCAUUCCAUUGCUCCCCAGAGGUUGUUAUUAUGUGGCAAUGGAUUUUUCUGGCCAUGGUUUGUCCUCCCACCGACCUGCAGGCUGCCCCUACCAUUUCCUAGAUUAUGUGACUGACGUGCGCCGGGUGGCAGCAGCCUUGCAGUGGAGACGCUUCACUCUGAUGGGUCACAGUAUGGGUGGAGCUGUGGCAGGAAUGUUCUGUUUCCUUUAUCCUGAGAUGGUGGACAAGCUGAUCCUGCUGGAAAGUCUUGGCUUUCUUCUAGCUCCAGAGGACACUGAGGCAUGGCUGAAAUCAAAAAGGAGGGUGAUCGACAGACUGCUGAGUCUGGAGGCAAAGCAGCAGACUCCCAAAGCACGGAGCCCUGAAGCAGCAUUGCAGAGGCUUUUAGAAGCAAACAGCCAUCUGACAGCAGAGGGUGGGGCAAUCCUGCUGCAGCGAGGAGCAACUGAGACACCCGCUGGGCUGGUGUAUAACAGAGACAUGAGAGCCCGUACGCAGAGUCGAGAGUUCUUCACGGUGGAGCAGUGUGUGAAGCUCCUGCAGAAGAUCCAGGACCGUGUUCUCAUCAUUAUAUCACAAGAUGGACUCUUGGUACCGCACAACCUACCGAGCAGAAAUCACUUUGUGAAAGCCCUGCAGGAGGCAUUCGAGUCUAACCUCAAAGAGCACAUCCAGCUAGCAGAAGUGCCUGGGAGUCAUUUUGUGCACCUGAACGAGCCCGAGGUGGUAUCUGGGAUCAUCAGCAACUUCCUGACAGCACAGAACACCAGGGCCAGACUCUAGGAAGCCCUCACAGCUGCAGCAGUCCAAGAGAACUGGGAGCUAACAAGCCAGCUCCAGAAUUGUCACCAUUCCUACCUCACAUCCAACAUUAGAUUGUGAUAAUCUUUCCUAUGCUUAGCUCACUGCAGGGUGGAAGCAGGUCUGCCAGGGGUACUCUGAAGGAGAGCUAAGCAAAGUAUCUCAUUUGCCAAAGGGAGAAGGAAUCCUUGCUCUACUUCCAGCUCUUUGAGUACAGGGAUAGAGGCCCAGAGUGGCCUUCCCCUUGGCUUACUCCAAACUUGCACCCUGAAACAGAGUAGAACACAAGGCACAGAGACAUCCUCUGUGACAGCAGCAGCUCCCCAGCUUUGGCACUGCAAUAGAGGUGGCUCGUCUUGCCUCCUCCCUGGGGAUGGUGUGGACAGGCUGCUCCCAGGAUUUAACCUGCUGAAAAACAAGGAAAGUGUUCUGCUUCUCUGCUUACUUCCAUAGAUGCCCGAGCUCAGAGGGCCUCAGUGUCUCUGUUCCAUUUUGAGAACUACUGUUUAAGAAUCAGCUUAAAUAAGAGCUCACCUGUGCAGAGAAGGCCAUUUUAAUGAAGGCUAGAGAAUCCUUAAUCCUCUAGCUGAAGCAGCUGGGAGAACUACAAAUGAUGGAAAAGUUGGCAGAGACAA